AUGGAUUAUGAACUUGUUCCUGAUGAAAAUUAUGUUCCUCCGCAAAGAAGAAGAGGUCGUCGUAAAAAGAAUGAAGGAAUGAUACAAAAACUAGUUCCUAAAAAGAUUGAUUAUCAUCCAUUAUAUGGCGUGAGUUUUCAUGUAUCAUCCUCAAAAUUCACAUUCCAUAAUAAAAUUGUUGAUAGUGUGAUGAGAACUUUAAGAAACGCACUGGGACCUAAUAGACAAAAUUAUUGGGAUGGUGAACAUGAUGUUUUAAUUCAACAAUUAGCUUAUUAUUACAACAACACGUGGCACAAAUCAAUUAAAAUGACUCCUUUAGAAAUGCAUACACAACGUGAGAAAGAAUGGGAAUUUAUUAGAAGAAAAACAGAAAAGUUAAAUGAAGUUAAACAAAGAUUAUAUGAGAAUGGAUAUUAUGGAUUUCAACCUGGUGAUGAAGUUUUAGUUUAUUUGGACACAUCAAAGACAAAGCACCGUUUCAAUAAGAGAAGAAGAAACUUUGAUCAUUUAGGUUUGUUCCAAAGAUAUGAAGAUGGACAUGUAAUUGUGCUAGUCACUUUUAGAAAAGAUGAUGAAAUAAAUGAAGGAGAAGAUGAAAUAUUAGAAGGUGAUGUUGAAGUUGCUGUUCCUAUCUAUUUUAUCAAAAAAAUAUAA